AUGAUGAAAGAAGGUGAUGGGCUCUUGGAUAUGGAUGAGCUUGCCAUCUGGGAGUCGGGCCUCUUCCACACGGAAGCUGCCAUGAUCCAUUUGCUUCAGAUUGCGGACAAGGACGGCACCGCACCCUCUGAGCGCCGAGAUGGGGACAACCAGGCUACUGCAGAAGAGCUGGAGAACGCCAGAGAAGAGUUGGCCAGUUCCAUGCUGGAGUGCAAGUUAGCCUGUGGCAAGCAAUUUGAGUCUCCAUUGACGUGGACUUUGGAGAUGGCUCUCACGCAGCAGUACAAUCAGCAGCUCCUGCAGCUGAAUCAGCAGUACCAUCAGCAGAAGGCCGCCCUGGAACAGCAGGCCAUGCAGCUCACCAUGGAGUACCAGCAGCAGAGGAUGCAAGAAGAGAUGGCCAAGAAGCAAGCCGAGCUGCAGAAGGAGCACACAGAGGUCCAGGCGAGAUUUCACCAGGACCUUCAGAAGUUGCAUGGGCCUGGAGUCCCCCAGGAGCCCACAGGAAUGGGUCCCAACAGCGUCUAUGCUGCACCGAUGGCACCACAGAUACCAAGCCUGCGUGAUGCCAAGUGGGAAGUCUUAGAUGAGACUCGGCUAGAUGAGAUGAGGCUGGUUUGCUGGAAGAUGCUAUACUUGUUGGGCCAAACUCAUUUGCAUGCAAUACUUGUAGACAAUACUUGUGCUCGGGCAGCGGCGCGUGAGACACGCAGCUGGCGCUCAGGGGUCUCCAGAGCCUCAUGGCAGCCAGAUGAAAGACCCAGAGACCGCACGUGCCUGGCUGCGAUGGUGUCUCCAGUGACCACUGUGGAGCCCAGUGACGAUGUGGUGCCACACGAAGACAUGGAUGAGCUUGAUGACCAGAUGGCCACUGCGCCGCUUGGAAAGCCCCUGCCGUGGCUGCAGAAGUUCUUGCCUCAGGCGGUGGAGGCGUCGGAUGGGUUGCUCUUGCGCUUCAUGGAGGCCCUGGAGGAACGAGGUGUCGAACUCUACCCUGCGCAAGAGGAAGCCAUUGUUGAGAUCUUUUCAGGAGCUCAUGUGGUCUUGGACACCCCCACGGGCAGCGGGAAGAGUUUGGUGGCGGUCGCUGCGCUCUUCAAAGCCUUGGGCGAGGGUGCCAAGGGCGGCCAUCGUGGGCGCGCCUACUACACCUCUCCCACCAAGGCGCUGACGAGCGAGAAGUUCUUCGACCUCUGCCGACACUUCGGGGCCAAGAACGUGGGGAUGGCCACUGGAGAUGUGGCCAUCAACACACGGGCGCCUCUGAUUUGCUGUACUGCAGAGGUGUUGACCAGUAUCUCCCUCCGCGACUCGGGCGAAGCGAUCUGGACUGUGGUCAUGGACGAGUUCCAUUACUUCGGGGAUCCGGACCGGGGCGCCGCUUGGGAGUUGCCUCUGUGGCGGCUCAGUCGGCCAGGUUGCCGCACAAACUUCUUGCUGAUGUCUGGCACUCUGGGUUCCAAUCCGAAGCUUUAUCAAACCCUGCAGGACCGUUCGGGGCGCCCCGUGCGGGUCGUGUCUUCGACGGUGCGGCCAGUGCCACUGCAAUUCUCCUACAGCGAGGACUCAGUGCAGUCCUCCAUUGGCCAGCUGGUGCAAACCCAGCGAGCGCCGAUCUAUGUGGUGCAUUUCUCCCAACGCGAAGCCCUUGAGACUGCCAAGAAGAUGGCAGAUGCUCAGACUAGCGAUGGGACGCCUGUGCUGGCAUCAGCGUUGCAAGACCCUGCAGCCCUGCGAGAGCGGGUGGAGGCGGCGCACUUCAGCUCCCCCUUUGGUGUGGAAUUGCGGGAAUUGCUGCUGAGAGGUGUUGGAGUGCAUCAUGCUGGCUUAUUGCCCUGCUAUCGACGACUCGUGGAGCAGCUCACGCAGGACUCCCUGUUGGCGCUGGUCUGUGGAACUGACACCUUGGGGGUCGGCAUCAAUGUGCCGAUCCGCAGCGUGCUCUUCACCCGGCUCUGUAAGUUUGAUGGGGAGGAGACGCGGAUCAUGAGAUCCCGGGAGUUCCACCAGAUCGCCGGGCGCGCCGGGCGCAAGGGCUUCGAUGACCGGGGCUAUGUGGUGGCGGUGGACCCGGAUUGGAUCAUCCACAACCGCGAGCUCCAGCAGCAGAUUUCCUCUGCCAGCUCAUCAGGUGCUCGGCCGCCCUCGCCGCGCUGGCGGCGGCCGCCGCGCAGGAACUACCAACAUUGGACCCAAAAGACCUUCACCCAACUGCAACGGAGUGCGCCAGACCCGCUUCGCUCGCAGUUCCGCCUCAGCAUGGCGCAAGUGCUCUCGGUGUUGCAGAGUGCCGCGGAGCAGGGCUCCAAGGGCGAAGAGGAGUUAGAGGAUUUGAUUGCGGCGGCGCAAUGCUCCAGGGGCGCCAGACACUUUUGGCGGCGCCAGGUGAAGGUCUACAUGGAGGCCCUGCGAAGAUAUAUCGACUUCGAGUCCUUGGACCAGGUGGCGGAUCCAGCAGAGCGCUCUGCCACGAUUCCUUUGGACGAUGGCACCCUCUUCAUCUCCGAGGUGGUGCCCUCUCUCUCUGCCAAGCUCUCAGAGGAGGAUCUCCCGCUGGUGGUCCUGGCAGCAGCAGAGGCCAUUUGUGAUGCGUCCGAGACCUUUCUGCGUGCUUUGCCGCAAGCCAGCCGAGGAGAGGAGGCACCUGGACGCUGCCCACGUGAUAUCGAAGAGCUCUUAUUUGAGGUCUUCAACGACUUCCGGCGGCGGAGGCCCUGGAUCUCCCCGCAGUUCUUGCGGCCGAAAGGCAUCGCCUUGGAGUUGCUCUCCUGCGAGAGCUACAAGGAACUUCAGGAUCGUUUGCCAAAUCUUCCAGAGGGCACCCUCCUUCGCUACCUCUCAGAUGUCUACCGUGCCUUGCGUUUGGGGAUGCCGGAUGAGAUGAAGACCACCGGCUUGCGACAGGUGGAGAAUCGCUUGCGGCAGACGGUGUUGCAGGCGGAUUCGAGCUUGAUCAGCGAAUGGGAAGCCUUGAAGAAUUUCGAGAAGAACAUCGAAGCGUUGGAUAGCAUCGAAGUGUUGGAGGACAUCGAGAUAGAUGCAGGUGAUUUGAAGGGCGGCGCGAUGGUCCCCGCGACAUCGCGCGACGUCGCGCGGCGCUCGCGGGAAGAGCUGCAGCAACGGUUACAGAUGGUGCAAAGACACCUGUUACAGCAACAUGCCGAGCGCGAGGCCGAAGAAAUUCAGCGGCAGCGCGGCCUCCUGCAGCGCGCCAAGCGGGGCACCAUGCGGCUCUUGGCCGCGGCGGACGAGAUAUGGCAGAAGUUGCUGGGCCUCGUGUGGUGA